CCAUUUAAUUCUACUGUCGUCCUAUGCACAUAGUCCUUUCGUCUCGCCUUAGAAUUAGUUGUUCGACCCUCCAGAGAGCCUCAAUAUGAAGCAGCGCUUCUCGUCUCUCGAUGUCAAGGUUAUAGCCAGCGAACUCGCCUCAUCCUUGACUACCCUUCGAGUCUCGAACAUCUACGAUCUUUCCAGCCGAAUCUUCCUCUUCAAGUUCGCUAAGCCCGGCAAGCGAGAACAACUACUGGUAGAUUGUGGGUUCCGAUGCCACCUGACGUCCUUCUCGCGAACUGCGGCGACCGCUCCUUCUGCGUUUGUCAGCCGAUUGCGCAAAUACCUAAAAAGUAGGCGCGUGACUGGCGUUGCGCAAAUAGGCACCGAUCGAGUCAUUGAGAUCACAUUCAGCGAUGGCCAAUAUCGCAUGUUUCUUGAGUUCUUUGCGGCCGGCAACAUUAUAGUCACAGACGCGGAAUUGAAUGUACUAGCCUUGCAGAGACAAGUCAGCGAAGGGAAUGAGGAGGUGGAUGUCAAGCUUGGUGGAAAAUAUACCUUGGAAGCAAAGCAGAACUUCCAUGGAAUACCUCCACUCACGCCCGAAAGAGUGACCGAGACCCUUGCAAAAGCCGUGCAGAGGAUGAAGACCGCGAAUGACGCUGGUGGAAAGAAGGCAAAGAGAGCAAAAGGGGGAGAUGAGCUAAGAAAGGCUCUGAGUGCCGGUUUCCCCGAAUAUCCACCUCAUCUGUUGGACCAUGUGUUCAACGAGGCUGGUGUAGACCCUGGUCUGAAGGGACAGGACGUUCUAGAGAAUGCAGAGUCCUUGCAAACAAUUCUCCGAGCCCUGGGUCGGGCGAAAGAUCUUUUUGAUGCUCUUGAUACAGGUCAUGCUAAGGGAUACAUCAUUGCAAAGACAAAAUCUGCUUCUACGCUUGAAGAUGGAAGCCCGGCCACGGAAACUCCCAGCCGGGAUAACGUCUUAUACGAUGAUUUCCACCCGUUCAGACCUUCUCAGCUCGAGGGGAAGCCUGGCAUCUGCAUAUUCGAGUUUGACGGCUUUAAUCGCACAGUGGAUGAGUUUUACUCUUCGAUCGAGUCUCAGAAGUUGGAAUCUCGACUGACGGAACGGGAAGAGACCGCCAAAAAGAAGCUGCACCAUGCGAAGAGUGAGCAUGAGAAGCGAAUAGGUGCACUUCAACAACAGCAGGAGUUGCAUGUUCGAAAAGCUCAGGCCAUCGAAGCCAACACCCACAGAGUCGAAGAGGCAUGCGCAGCAGUCAAUGGCCUGAUUGGACAGGGCAUGGACUGGGUCGAUAUCGGAAAGCUAAUCGAGAAUGAGCAGAAGCGAGGCAACAUCGUGGCACAAAUGGUCAAGUUGCCAUUGAAGCUCGAGGAGAACACAGUGACUCUUCUCCUUGAUGAGCCCGGCUUUGACGAAGAUGAAGAGAGCGAUGAAGAAGAUAGGACUGAUGAUGAGCAGGAGUCCGAUGAUGAGGUAGCUCAGGUCACAAGCAAGGCUGCCUCAGAUAAACGUCUAGCUAUUGAUAUUGACCUCGCGCUUUCUCCUUGGGCAAACUCGAGGCAAUAUUAUGAACAAAAGAAGUCUGCAGCAGUCAAAGAGAAGAAAACACUCGAAGCCUCGGCGAAGGCUCUCCAGUCUGCCGAAAAGAAAAUCGGCGCGGACCUCAAAAAGGGGCUCAAGCAGGAGAAAGCGGCUUUGAGACCUGCCCGGAAGCAGUUCUGGUUCGAGAAGUUCUGGUAUUUUGUUUCCAGUGAUGGGUAUCUGGUCAUUGGGGGAAAGGAUGCUCAACAGAAUGAACUGCUGUACCGAAGAUACCUGAAGAAGGGCGACAUUUAUGUUCAUGCCGACCUCCAAGGUGCUUCUAGCGUCAUCGUCAAAAACAACCCCAGAACACCAGAUGCUCCGAUCCCUCCUUCGACGCUUUCGCAAGCCGGUGCUUUGACUGUAUCUACGAGUAGCGCUUGGGACUCGAAAGCCGUGAUGGGUGCGUGGUGGGUCAAUGCUGAUCAAGUGAGCAAGACUGCCCCGACGGGUGAGUAUCUGACGACUGGUGGCUUUAUCAUUCGAGGUCGCAAAAAUCUGUUGCCUCCUAGCCAGCUUUUGUUAGGCUUCGGGGUUAUGUGGUUGAUCAGCGAGGAGAGUAGGGCUAAUCAUGGCAAGCAUCGGCUAGAAAGAACCGAAAGUAUGUUGUCAGGGGAGGCAGAGGCUUUGGAGGCCGAUGCCCAAGGUUUGUCCCUGGACGAAGAGGACGCUGUUGAAGAUGAAGAUGCUUCUCCUCAGCACAACGAGGCGGUACCUGACUUGGAAGAUGCCGCUAAUGAUGCGGAGGAGGAGGAGAAAGAUGAUAAUCGUGUGGUGGAUGCGGACGGGGGCCUAGAAGGGAAUGCCACGGAAGUAGAUGGCCAUGACAAUGCAUCUGCGGCAGCUUCUGAGCCGGAAGAGCAACGCAGCAAUCCGCUGCAAAUGCUUGGAGACAAUGGCCGUUCCAUGGCCGUGGCGGAUGGAGGGAAAGGAGAGCCAGAGCUCGAAGUCGAGGUUGACGCUGAGGACAAAUCGAGUGAUGAAGAUGGCAACGAGACGCCGGACGAAGAGUCUUCCACAAGCCCAUCUACGCCAGUAUCAACGCAACCGAAGCCCCAAACAAAGCCGAAACAGCAACAACUUGCUCGUGGAAAACGUUCCAAAGCUAAGAGAGCGCAGAAGAAGUACGCGGAGCAAGAUGAAGAAGAUCGCGCCCUUGCCAUGCACCUUCUCGGCUCUGCUCGUGGGCAAGAACACAAAAAGGGCGUUGAAGAGGAUAAGGCAACACGCGAAGCCAAGGCUCAAGCUGACAGAGAGCGGCGCAAAGCGCAACAUGCCAAAGCAGCUGAAAGAGAACGACUGCGGCAGGAGAGGCUUGAAAAGGCCGGCGCAGAAGAAGCUGCAGAGCUCAAUGCGGACGAAGAGCUGAGUAAAGAGCAACUCGAGCAGGAACGCCGCGAGCUUCUGGAUAUUGACAGACUCGUGCCGCAUCCUGAGCCAGGCGAUGAACUCCUAGCCGCAAUCCCGGUCGUGGCACCUUGGACGGCGAUGGCGAGGUACAAAUAUAAGAUCAAGUUGCAGCCGGGCAAUGUUAAGAAAGGCAAAGCAGUCAGGGAGAUCCUCGGGUUCUGGUCGACUUUGGACAAGAAGGGACCGAAGGUGGUCGACGAGUCGAGCAGGGAUAAGGAGCGCGUUUGGAGGCGAGAACUGGAUCUACUGAAAGAUUGGAGAGUAGAGGAAGUUGUUGGCUAUGUGCCUGUGAAGGGAUGCAGGAUCGUUCAGGGCGGUGGGAUUGGGGGUGGAUUGGGAGGUGGCAAUGCAGGCGCGAAAGGCAAAGGCGGUGCUGGAUCGAAGGGAAAGGGUGGUGGUGGAAAGAGGGGGAGAUAAAGGAGAAGAAGCCUUGAUCGCUGGUAGAUGGAGCCCUUGUGUAGAUCAUCUUUGAAGUCUGUCUAUCCAACGAGCAGUUAUCUUUCCGCCUGAGCCUGCCGUUCGUCGACGACGCACGUGGCGAAGCUAUCAGUCCCCGGCAGUAACUUUCAAUCCACUCUCUCGGCGGCAGCCUUCUCGAUUCUAUCAAUCACCGCGUCUUCGAGAUCUCGGACCUGGCUCUGUUGGCUCCCAGGUGUGGCCGUCGAAGACGCCAAAGCAUCACUUCUCCUCACUGUCUCAGCGAAUAUGAAGGAGCAUCCAAGCUCGUCGAAGAGCCUGAGCACGCCAAAUAGCGAAUGCCCCAGGUCGGCAAUCUUGGGGCCAACCUGGACGUUAUACAGCGUU